CGUGUCAAAUGUCUAAUAAAUAAUUAAAUAUAUAUAGGACACUAAUUGGGCCUCUAUAUGAAAAGAUACUCUUAAGGAGGCCCAUUUGGUGGCGUUUCAAUCAAUUAGUUUUUCAGGCGACGGUCUGAUCGUACCCGCCGGCAACGAUGGAUUUACAGCAAGAGCAGGAGGCUUGUUGGAAACUCGAGCUCGACAAGGUCACCAAAUUGGAUCCUUCCAAAAAGAAGAAGAAGAAGAAGAAAAAGCUGUUUAUACGGGAAGACGCUACCUACGACUCUGAGCCCGAUUAUGGCUAUGCAGAGCUCUUGAGUAGGGUCUUUGAUAUGCUUCGUGAGGAGGAGGUUUCCACAGAGAGGCCCAGAACAGUGAUGAUGCGUCGUCCCCAGCUCCUCGCACAAGGGACACAGAUAACAGUUUGUUUAGACUUUGCUCAUCUCUGCACAACGAUACAUAGAAAGCCAGGUCAUGUCAUAAAAUUCUUACUUGGCCAAAUGGAGACCAAGGGAUGGCUCAACAAACAGCACCAGCUUGAGAUGAAGGGUUUAGUGUCUUCUCAGCAUUUCCAAGCUGUGUUUCAGAGAUACAUUGAUGCGUUCGUAAUCUGCAGCUGCUGCAAAAGUCCAGACACAGCUCUCGCGGAGGACAAUGGUAUUUCCACUCUCAGCUGUGAGAUGUGUGGUUUGGUAGCAUCGAUCAACGAACCGAAUCCCCUGUGAAUAUGGAACUCAUCAACUUUAAGAGCCACGUGCUGGGUGGGGCAUUGUAAGAUUUUCUUGUGAUUUGAGAACCAACCAGAAUAUGUUUUCUUUACAAUACUGUUUUGAAUUAGACGGUGAAUACUGAGCAAAAAUUGUUGGAAAUUUUUGUGAAACUUCCUUAAUGAUUAGUUGCUGAGAA